AUUCAACCGGACUAUGCAUGAUCUUCUAAGGUCAUUACCUGCUGAGAAGAAGAGACGAUGGCCUCAGCACCUCCCUGAGUUAGUAUUUGCAUACAAUGCGGCACCACAUCAAUCUACCGGGUACAGCCCAUAUUUUCUGUUCUUUGGUCAUGAUCCUCGCUUGCCCAUUGAUCAGUUACUCCCCUCGGUUGAGGACACUGAUCAUCAGGUGGAUUAUGAUGAAUGGAUCACCCUCCAUCAUACUCGUAUGAAGGAAGCCCAGGUAUUGGCUAGGACUCGGUUGGAAAAGGAAGCACUUAAGCGAGAGCGCCUCCGUCCUGUGAAGGAGGACAAACUAGAGGUAGGUUCCAGAGUCUUCUUAAAGAACUUAGGUGUCCGUGGACGCAAUAAAAUGCAAGACCGAUGGAAUAGUGUUCCAUAUCAGGUAAUAGGUAAACCGGAUCCAAACAAUGAGGUUUACAGCGUUGAACCCCUCGAUGGUUCUGGCCCAGCCAAAACAAUGAAUAGGGUUAACUUGCUUAGAUCUGACAGGUUAGUAGUCCAAGAGUUGCCCGAACAGCCUGAUGAAGAGCAGGCCACUGACAGGCCUGACCCAAUUAUGACCAGGUCUCGUGCCGAGGCACGCGACAAUCAGGUCGCUGAAAGUGACAGGUCGGAAUCAGACUCUGAGGAUGAUGACAUAGUUGUAUGGGAGGAGCCCGGGGAAGUAUUAGAAGCUCCACCUCAGGUGGAAAUUAGUAUUCCAGUUCCAGCUCCAACCCCAAGACGGUCAGGCAGAGCAACUGCAGGUAGGCACCGUAAUAUGCAUCAUUUACCUAAGUCAAGUGUCCACACAACAGUGCGGGAAAUGACUGAAAUCAACUCUGAUUCAGGUACAAGUAUGAGUGAGCAAACUAUAGCGGACUUUGCCAAGGCACAGCUUAUGCUGGCCAAGUUGUUAUUAAGGAAUUAAGUUCUUUAAUAUUUAGCAGCUGUUGUUGUUGUGGACAACAACAAAGUCAGUUGGGUGGUAUGUGACGGGGCACAAUUAACAGUGUCCAUUAUCAUCCAACAUUUAUGUUCAAAUCAUAUCAUCUUAUAUAUAGUUAGUUUUAUACCAGUUAAAUGAGACUUCAUUUAACUCAAUGUCAUAUAUUAUACUUAGGUUAGUUAGUUCACUUUUUACCAUAACGUGUCAGGAUGUUGUUCUCACUAACAACCAUCCCAACAGGACACAAGGUAUAAGGAAGCUAUCAUAUAUUCUAAAACUUCUAAGAAACUCCGGAUUGGUACCAGUCGGUGACAGGUUUGGAGUGGUGCGUGGGCGUUUUAAGCCUAUGAGAUGAUCAGCAAGAGGGAGAGUCUGGCACAGGAAGUUAACUUUUCCUGUCUCUGCCAGUUACAGUUUCUGGGAAAUUGUGGAGUCAUUCUCACAUGGUCCUAAGAUAUUUAGUUGGGGAACAAGGGCCAAACAUCACUUGCGUCUUGAUCUCUUGCGAGGCAAGACCGUUGUUUAAAGAGAACUCAUCAUUAGAUUAGAUCCAAUUUAUGGAAUUUGGUGAGAUCAUUCAGGAGAUUCCAGUAUGCUCUUAAGUAGACCAGGAGCGAGAGAAAGAUUGGUUCAGGAGAAUUUACAUGUCAUUGUAAAGGUAGGUGAAUUGAGUUACUUCAUCUUAAUUCCGAUUUGUUCUAUUAUAUUAUGUCUUUCAGUGCUUUGCCCAAGUAUGGUCAAGAUCGCCAGGCCCCAUAUCUCACUGCAACUCUCUUAAAUUCACUCCAUUUCUGAUGCACCUGUUUUUAUUUUACCAUUGCUUAAAGGCGUAAAUUUCAUUACCGUAUGAGUGUGACGGCAUGGUGCUAUGAAAAUGAUCCAAGAUCACUGAAUAGGAUUUAAGUUGUGAUUUCUUGUGACCCUUUCAUUGAUGAUAAUUACUCUCAGAGGCAUGCAUGUUCACACAUUUUACUGUCGAGGGAGAGCUUGUUUAUCAGAUGUUUCGGGAAGAAAUGAGAUAACUUUAUUGUGUAUUUUAUCUAUGAGCUAAUUCACGUUAGUAAGAUAAAUAUGUAACAUUUAGGACUUAAUGACUUGAAGCCAGUUUGGUUAUCAAAGUAGUGAUAUUCCGUUGGUUAUCUUUUUGUAGGAAUAGAGGACCGCGUGAUUGGUCAAAGGAAAUAGACUGUGGAAAGGAGUAUCCCACGUCUAUGGGAUCGUAAGGUGACCUGUCAUUGCCCUUUUUCUUUCUUCUUUGUUUUUGUUCGGUUCUUUUGGUUGCGUGUGUAAACGUGUAUAUAACAUGCUCCAGAAUAUGCUAGUUGAAUAAAUAUACCAUAUCCGGAAAGA